AUGCGUCUCGAACUCCUCUAUCUAACGACCCUAUCCUCUAUAGCCGAAGCCCAAUGGUCCUACCGUCUACUCUACACUCCCAUACCCCGGGACGUAAUAUUAUGGAACACAAAGCCCAUUUCACACUAUCCCAAACCUUGCGCCGGCCUUUGUCGGCGUUUUAUCGGUCGUAAAGCCAGAAACCCUGGCCCCGCAUCCGUGGACCACAAAAAAAGAGCCCUGACCGGUAUAGCAAUCCACCAACCUGCAAAUAAUGAUAACUUUAAAACUCCAGUGAUGGCGAAAUACGUCGGCUUCUGGUCGAGUUAUCAUUGUAGAGCGCUGCCGAGGUAUGUGAUACACUUCAGGCAGGAGUUGAAUACUAUGCAAGAGAUUUCGUUUCAACAAUUCGAUAUGUUCAUUCCCGGGUUCAAUGCUAGUGACUAUAAUAUAUGGGGGUGGGGUGAGAUUCCACAUGGAGAUAUAGUCUUCGGUAGUAUUCCUCCUGGUGGGGUCGCAUUUAGGGAGGGUGGAGCUCGGUCGUGGACUGGGAAUUAUCUCGUGGUUGAUAAUAUGGUUGCUGUAGGUCCACGGUCGGUGGUACAUGGAGAGUUACGAGCAAACCCCGAGUUGAGACCGUCGCACUGGCAUAUCAAUAUGGGGGAAGAGAAUUAUGAGCGGCUCACGAGGCCGAAAGAUGGAGUUACACCGCCAAUUUUGGGUGAAAUUGUGAGUUAUAGGUACUACGGUCCAAUAGCCCCUGAGAAUGUCAGGACAUACGAGGGAGUGGAUGAUAUAUUGAACAUUGAACAUUUGAAUCGUGACAUACAAGGUGAAAAAAGAAUCGGAAAAAUGGAAGAAGAGCCAUCAUUACCUCCCGUGUAUCACAUGGAUGAACAGAAAAGAGCGAUUCUAAGGGCGUAUGUGCAAAUCCACGGAGCCGAGUCUGCUUUGUUUGCACUUCAACAGAUGAUCGACGAAUAUAGGUUUCAGCACUAUAUGGGGAUGUUGACUCCUGAGUUGCAAGAAGCUGCAAGGAGGGAUGGUAUCAUGCAGCUUCGGGUUGCGGAGAGAGCGGAUAGGCUAGCUGAGAACCAUAUUCAACGCCAGGUGAUCCAGCAGUCGGAGGAAAGUAGAGAAGCCUUUUUUAUUAAAAGUCGCGCGGAUCUGCAGCGUGAAAAAGAUACCGGGAGGGACAUGAUUUUGUUUUUAAUAAGUGAGAUACAGGAGCUCGAUGGGGUCGAGAUCGGGCCGGACGAGGAGGCCCAGUCUGGGGACAAUCAAAUCGAGCGAGAUACUGGAAAUUUAGGGCAGGGGAUUGAACGGCAAGAAACGGGCCGUAUUCCAUAUGCUGGAGUCGAAAAUAACAAUCAAGAACUACAGAACGAAGGUGAAUGCGAACUCGAGGCUGAACUACCUACUGCAGCUCAGCUCUUACCGGAAUCCGACUCUCUUCCACUUCUCGACUUCGGACCUGUAUCCAACUCCGAAAUCCAAAGGUUAUCGGAAAAAUUGUUUAAUCAAAAGAACCGCUUCAUCGUCAAUCUAGAUACCGAUACUCAAAACGAGCCUGCUGAAAUGGAAGAAUUAACCAUAGAAUACUCCAAACCAAAAGAUGAGGCUAAAGAGCACAUAAUCGAACAAGAAUUCGAUGAAGUUCAAGCGGACCGGUUUAUCGAUCCCGAACUCCGAAACGUGAUAAACUCCGAAGUCGAAAACCUCGUAAGAUCGGAGUAUGGGGGGUUACUUCGGUCUGAAGGAUUGGAAAAUCAUCAAGGCGGUUUACUAGACCUCGAGGAAUCUUCCUCACUGAAGAUAAUUGAUGACGAAGAAUCUCCUAAUCAAAGGCCUGAAUCUGAAGAGCCCUUCGACAGGAUACCAUUAAAUCAAGCGGCCGAAGGGUAUGAGAAUCAAGACCUCGGGGAAUUGGAAAGGCAGCGUCCCCCUAUUGAUAUGGCAGUUGAAAGUGGAAAUAAUAUCGCUUCCCUCCAGCAAAACCAUAUUUCCGAACAGAGCUCCAACAGCGAACAACAAAUACCGCUAAACCAAUUAGAUGUAGACUCAGAUGACGAACCAAGAUUUGCUUCAACAUUUGGACGGGAUCGGUACAGAAAUAGAGCUCCACAACUAGAAGACUCUCCACGAACCAGACAACAUAUAACCACCUACGGACGAAUGAGCUUUGGCGAUUGGUUGGCGACUCGACCAAUUCAGGUAGCAGCAGGACUUGUAGAUCUUGGUAUAAUCCCUAAUUUGGCUCAAGAAAAUGAUGAUUAG